AUGUCAAUCGUUUCAUUGUUAGGGAUCAAUGUGCUCAAUAACCCAGCCAAGUUUGCUGACCCUUACGAAUUUGAGAUCACCUUUGAGUGUUUAGAGCCCUUGAAAAAGGAUUUGGAGUGGAAACUCACGUAUGUCGGGUCGUCUCGUAGUUUGGACCACGACCAAGAGCUUGAUUCCAUUUUGGUAGGCCCUGUGCCGGUUGGUGUAAACAAAUUUCAGUUUACUGCCGAUCCACCAUCACCAGAGCUCAUCCCAGCAAGUGAAUUGGUAAGUGUAACGGUGAUUCUUCUGAGUUGCUCGUAUGACGGCCGAGAAUUUGUCCGUGUUGGAUACUACGUGAACAAUGAAUACGACAAUGAAGAGCUCAGAGAGAAUCCACCCGCUAAGGUUCAGGUUAACCAGGUAGUUAGAAACAUCCUCGCUGAAAAACCAAGAGUAACGAGAUUCAAUAUUAUAUGGGACAAUGAACAGGGCGAGGAGUAUCCUCCAGAGCAGCCUGAAAUGGAAGCAGAAGAUGUAGACGACGAGGAAGUGGAGGAAGAAGAAGAGGGAGAAGGAGAAGAGGACGAGGACGAGGAGGACGAUAUAGAGGUAGAAGAAGAAGCAGAACAGGACGAUGACACCAAUACUGCCAAAAAAGCUAAGGACAGCAACAAAGACGCAACACAAUCUGAAGUCGAAGACCCAGAAGGACCAGAAAGUAAAAAACGCAAGCUGAAAGACUCAGAUGAAGCAGAGGCUGAAGAAAUCGAUCUGGAGAACGAUGAAGACGAUGAAGAAAUCGAUUUGGUCGACGAAGAAGAGGUGGACGAUGACGAAGAUGGUAGGGAGGAAGAGGCAGAUAAAGAACCCACUGUGGAAACGGUUCCCACCCCACAGGAUACUACAACUGCAAGUGCUUCAGAGCCGGAACCCUGA